AUGGAUACCGAAUUGGCAGAAAAGUUAACGGCACAUGAGAAGCUUCUCGCCGAUGUGACAAACACAUUCUGGAUAUUCUUCGUGUUCUAUGUUGUCGCUUCUUUGGCAUGGAUUGCAAUAUGUUUUUGCAAUUAUCAAAGAGAAAUUCGAAAUGUUGAGAAGAAGAUCCAUGAGAACGAAAUCGCCCGAUCAUUAGAAUUAGAGUAA